UCCGUGCGUGUGUGUCAACUAGUUGUUAGCUAGCGCUAGCUACCCAGUUAGCUAGCUCGUUGAAACAUUUUAACAUAGGCACCGUUCAUGCCAAGAAACAGCUGUUGUUCAUCAUGAGAGAGGACCUCCACUCCCGCUGUAUGUCUGUCAACCUUUAAAGACAAAGAAGAUGGGGGACUUUGAGAGAACAAUGAUAAGUUAGCCAACAGUUUUUGGACAGGCGAUUGCCUUGCUUGCUAGCAUCCUGAGAAGGAAAGCUCUGAGAUUUUGCAAGGACUGGAUGCGGAAGGAGGAUAUGAGGCAAGCUGGACAACUAAUGCUAAUUGUAAGCUCUGCUGGGAUCCAACUGUGGAAAACAUUUCACUGUGAGCACAAUUAUCAAGCUAACAUUAGCUAAUGACUGGCAACUAACAUCCACCUAGCUAGCGAUCAGCGGUUAAGCUGUUGUAGGCUGGAGGUACAUUUAACGUUCCCAGCUAACGAUGGGGACAUAAACGUUACCCAGGUUCAAAUAAUGCUGGUAUAUGCGGCCUAGCAUUAGCCGGUAACUAGCGUCAAUAGUAGUGUCUAAUGAUGUUUAGCUAAUGUUUGUCAGCCAGUUUGCAGUAAUGAACUGCUGCUAUCGAUUAUGUUUUUAUAUUUACCGAGGUGAUUGAAAGCGGUGCUGGUUAAACAGGUCGAAUUGUAAUGAUCAUAAAUGCAUAUUCGUUAGCUAGGCUAAAUUGUCUGCUAGCUUGCUAAUGUCAAUCAGAAAACUUGAUCUAGCUGGCACAGUAAUGGCCUUGAAAUGAAAAUAGUGUGUGUUAGCUCUGUCAUCCUGUCUGAAAUCUGAUAGAUACAUCAACUAUGUAAUGUACAUCAAUUUACAAGCUUUACACUCAUUUUAAUCAUUGUAACGUGAGUGUGUGCCAGUGUCUGUGCUUUUAGUGAUCAGUCAAAAAUUCCCCAACUCAUCGUUAGUAGCUGGUCAAAUGAUCAUUAAUGUGUGAUCUAGGUUAGAAGUUAUGAAUGAUAAAUGAUUUUGACUCAACACAAAUAGUCUCAUUUAUUUUGUGCUAAAUUAAUUCAAGAUCAGCUGUAAAUCAAGAGGAAACUAUAUAGUUUCAUAAUCAUCAUGUGGAAUUUAAGGAAGUACUAAAGAUAAAACUAGAGACUAACUAGAAAAGACCCUUUAAGGUACUUUUCUCCAUAAUUUAUAUGUACAUCUGGACAGCUGACAGAUUUAUAAUACAUUUAAACUUAUUUUGUGAUUUACAGUGUAAUUUCAUGAAUGGAUUGCUCAGCCCCCUCCCCAUUUAAUGCAAUGUUUAAUAUGUAGCUACAUAUGAGAAACAAACCAGUUUUGAUCUUUCUUACAGAUGAAUGUUUUUUCAUACAUUCAGUGGGUUACCAAUGUGCCAAAAAGUCACCUUCUUGAUUACCAAACAAGGAUUAGGCUAGAGUGUGGCGACGUUGGUGCAGGGAGAGAGCACAUACUGGCACAAGAAUAUGCAAGGACUCUUAACCUUAACUGAGGUGUGCAUAUCCAAGACACAGAACUAUUGUCCUUAAUGACACAGUCUUGGUUAACCUGCCAUCCCCAAUGGAAGUGCCAUCGUAGACACAAGAUACUGUGGCUCGAACUGCUGCACAGUUUUAUGAGCUACAGCCUCGGAGGAAGCAUUUCAGCUUUUGGUUGAACUUGAAGGUGGAGAUGGGUUCCCAAGCUCUUCAGAUAUUGCGGCAGGGUGUGUGGGCUUCACUCACAGGAGGCUGGUAUGUGGACCCACAUCAGAGCACGUUCUCCAACUGCUUCCACCUCUACCUUUGGAUAUUUCUCCUGGCCUUCCCCUUUCUACUGUACAUGGCUCUUCCUCCUAGCUUGGUGGUUGCAGGCGUGUACUCUGCUGUAGUGGCAGUCUUUUUCACGGCCAUUAAGGUGGUGAACUAUCGGCUUCAUACUAUGUUCGACCUUGGGGAGAUUGUAGAGAAGAAGCAGGCCUCACUCACAGCCGAUGCUGCAAAGACUGACGAACGAGAUGAAGGUUCAGGUGCCCAUGAUGGGAAUCAGCACAGGGAUAGUCAUGUUGGUGUAGAGAUGACUGUGUUUCGGAAGGUCAACUCAACACCCCCGGUGCGCUGUAGCUCCCAGCACUCUCUGUUUGGAUUGAACCAGGUGUCGGAGUUCUUGCCCCAGAUGGAGGAUACAGGAGGCACUAAGGAUAUCAAAGAGCUAAUGCGGGAACAAGGAAACAAUAAUGUGAUUGUUAGGUCAGCUCACCGGGAGAUCCUACGCCAGAGGUCCCAGGACACCAUUAGGGCUCCCAGUGUGGUUCAGUCCUGCAUUGCUGCUGCUCUGGGAGGAGAUUUCCCACGUCUCAUGGGAGUAUCUGGAAUGACAGCUGGAUUUGGAGAACCUGGAGACUGCUUGUCUAUCCCCCCUUCACCCUCCAGUCAAGAAGAUGGAGGCGAGAAAGAACAGUUCCAGAAAGUGGAGGAGUUACCAGAAAAACUUUCUCAACAGAGUCCUGAGGACAAUGGGUUGGGGGCUUAUUCUUCCCUUGGCCCCUCUGCUGAAUCUGAGAGCUUGGGGGAUACUCCUCUUAGCCCCCUUAUAAAGAGCAGCUUAAGUGAGGAGCUGAGUGAAAAUCUCCUUGGUUUGGGCCUUGACCCUGUGGCUUUUGCACCUGGGACUGAGCACCCAGGCAGCCGCAGUGGGGUAGCACUAGCUGCCGGAUCUACGGACAGCUGUUUCAGUGCAGGUGGAGCCACCACAGACCGUGAGACGCUGAGCACGGUUAGCAGUUACCGCAGUGAAAAAACUGAUUCCACUCAGCUGGAAAGUCCUUCAUUCAGCCAGCCCCGGCCUGCAGAUGGACAGGCUUCUGCCUCAGCAUCACUGAUAGGCUCCAACAUCCCCAAGCCCUCAGAGGAUCCAGCAGGACAGGGUGGCAGUGAUACUGACAACCUGUCAGACAGUGUGCUACUGCGCUCCCCUUCCAAAGAAUUCUCCCUCAGCCAGGGCCUAGACAGGACACUUGUUGAAGGAGAGGAUUUGUCCCCCGUACUCUGUGAUAUUGCACAGCCCCGUCCUCUCCAGAACUCUUCCCCUUCAAGUAGUGGCAACUCAGAGGUUUGCGAUUUAGACAGAAAUGUCCCAGUUCCUCCUCUACCCCCACCUCGGCAGGCCAAUUCAGUGCCCUCAGGGCUGGCCCUGGGUCUUGUGUGUUCUGAGCCUGCUUUGCCGAUAUCCUCUACCCCCUUUUUACUCUCUGACCAGCAUGCGCUGCAAGCCCAGCAGGUUGUGCGCCCUAAAGACUUAAAGCUGCUGCGGGCCAGCGGCAGUAGUGUAGGACACCGGCCAGGCCGAAGGAAAGCUCCACGAAGGCGAGCUGGAGCAGGAAGCAGUAGUUUUGACUGUGGCUCUUACAGGCGUCACCACAAUCAUAGACAGCACAGAGAUUACAUCCCUGUGCGUAGCCGACUGGGCGCCAAGGCUUACAGUGAAAGUUUGUUUGAGGAUUCCAGCGACGAGGACGAUGGCAGUGACAUGAGCGCCGGUUCUAGCCUGGGCUCUCAGCGCAGGUACAGCUCGGAUGAUGACGACGACGAUGAUGACUCAAGUUCCUCUACCUCCUGCUAUUCCCCGGACCUCGCUAACACUGGUAUUACAUCCCCGCUUCCCCCUGCUGCUCAACUGCCCACUCCAAGGGAAGGGGAUUUACCUGAAACUGCUGGCCCCUCACAUUCUCGUGCUGCUCAGCGCUCUUCUAGCACUGCUAGUGCUAAGACUCAUGCAAGAGUGCUAAGUAUGGAUGGGGCAGGUGGAGGCCAGAGCAACACAGCGGCUUUGCCUUCUACUCUGCUUACAAUGCCCUCCACCUCCACCCCUGCACCUCGCACUCUCACCAUCUCGAAGUCUGAUCUUGAAGCCCGCACCAUGCAUACUGAAGGCUUCCCUGGAACUCAUCAUCAUAGGCUGGAUUCUCUUGGAGGCUCUUGGACUGGCAACCAGAUGGGCUGGAGGGCAGAAGAGCUGGUUGAAGAGGGAGCUGUGGGAGGAGCCUUGGCUUCAGAGGAUGGGGACAAACACGACUCAGUCAGCAGUGUUAAGAGGACCCAGGCCAUCCGCAGGAGACACAAUGCUGGGAGCAACCCUACACCGCCCCCUUCCACCAUGGGAUCCCCUCCCAGCCUUCAGGACCUGCAGCGGGCUCGGACCUCUUCUCAUUCGCGGACCCGCACACUUCCCUCAGCCUUACAGUUCGCCUCCUCACUCCUACUGCCCCGCAGUGGCAUCCAUGAGGCCUCCACCUUCGACGACACAUCAGAGGGGGCAGUGCACUAUUUCUAUGAUGAGAGUGGAGUAAAGAGGUCCUACACGUUUGGACCUGGUGGAGGUGGUUAUGAGGAUCCAGUUCAGGAAAGGGAAAGGGAAAGGGAAAGAGAAAGGGAAAGGCAGUCCCAGUCGUCGAGCUUCACCUCCACUGAGGUCCAGGAAGGGGCCCCAGUACUGUCCAUGCUUCAGCCGAGACCUGUGGUUCUACAGGGCAUGCAGGUGCGCAGGGUGCCUCUGGAAAUGCCUGAGUUUGAUCUGGAUCACGAGUCUCUACAAGAGUCCCAGGAAAACACGCUGAUGAUUGAGGAGAAAGCCAAACCCAAACAGUACUAUCGUUUUUGGGUUCUUCCCGGAAAGUGGCUGAGGGUUCGAUAUGAUCGACUGGCUCUUCUGGCCUUAUUGGACAGGAACCGCCGUGUGGGAGAGAAUGUGUUUGCUGUGGUGCUGGCCAGUCUGGUGGCCUUCCUGGGGUUCCUACUGCUGCUCCAGGGCUUUUUCAGGGACAUCUGGGUUUUCCAGUUCUGCCUAGUCAUUGCUAGCUGCCAGUACUCUUUACUGAAGAGUGUGCAACCAGAUGCAGCUUCUCCCAUGCACGGCCAUAACUGGAUCAUUGUGUACAGUCGGCCGGUCUACUUCUGCUUAUGCUGUGUGAUGAUCUGGAUCUUUGACCUAUCUGGACGCUCUGGCAGCCUGCAACCCUUCUCUCUCUAUGGUGUCACCUUCUUCUCUGCACAUUUCCUGCUCUUUAUCAGGGAUAUGCUCAUUGUAUUUGCCUUGUGUUUCCCGGUCAUUUUCCUGUUUGGGUUGCUACCUCAGGUCAACACUUUUGUGAUGUGUCUGCUGGAGCAGAUCGACAUGCACAUUUUUGGUGGAACUGCUACUACCAGCCCCCUCUCAUCUCUGUUCAGCCUCAUACGCAGCGUGUUGGUGGCUGCUCUGCUGUAUGGAUUUUGCCUCGGUGCUAUCAAUGCACCGUGGGGGGAUGCCCAUGUGCCAGUACUCUUCUCUGUGUUUUGUGGCCUACUCCUGGCUUUAUCCUACCACCUCAGUCGCCAAAGCAGCGACCCCACCAUCCUGUGGUCACUGGUCCGGUCUAAAUUAUUCCCAGAGUUGGAGAACAGGACACCAGAAGAACCCCCUGUGGAGAUCAAGGACCCUCUUCCUGAGAAGCUGCGUAACUCUGUGAAAGAGAUUCUUCAUUCAGACCUCGUCAUGUGUCCCCUCAUGGCUGUGAUUACCUUCGCCAUCAGUGCCAGCACCGUUUUCAUCGCUCUUCAACCUGCUCUUAGCUUAGUGUUGUACAUCCUGGCCGGAGUUGUAGGUUUCAUUACACAUUAUCUCCUGCCUCAGCUCCGCAAGCAGCUGCCAUGGUUCUGCCUGGCUCACCCUGUGCUCCGCUCCAGAGAGUACAGUCAGUUUGAAGUCCGAGAUGCUGCUCAAUUGAUGUGGUUUGAGAAGCUGUAUGCAUGGCUUCAGUGUGUGGAGAAAUAUUUCAUCUAUCCGGCUGUGGUGCUUAACUCCCUAACGACAGAAGCUCGUACUGUGGGCCAGAACCAUAAAGAGCUGGACAUCUACAGCCGAGCUCUCUUCAUUUCAGUAGCAGGCAUGAAGUUGCUGCGGACGUCCUUCUGUGCCCCCUCGCAGCAGUACGUCACGCUGUGCUUCACCACACUCUUCUUCCACUUUGACUAUCCACACUUCUCAGAGACCUUCCUAAUCGACUACUACUUCAUGUCCAUUCUCUUCAGCAAGAUGUGGGAUCUGCUGUACAAGCUACGCUUUGUGUUGACUUACAUUGCCCCCUGGCAGAUCACCUGGGGCUCAGCCUUCCACGCCUUCGCUCAACCCUUUGCUGUGCCCCACUCUGCUGUGCUUUUUGUUCAGGCCAUCUUUUCUGCCAUCUUUUCCACCCCUCUCAAUCCUGUCCUGGGCAGUGCUGUGUUUGUCACCUCGUACACCAGACCUGUAAAAUUCUGGGAGAGAGACUACAACACCAAGCGCGUCGAUCAUUCCAACACCAGACUUGCCACUCAGUUAGACCGCAACCCAGGUGCUGAUGACAACAAUCUGAACUCUAUUUUCUACGAGCACCUGACGCGCUCUCUGCAGCACAGCCUGUGUGGAGACCUGCUGCUCGGCCGCUGGGGCAACUACACCACAGGCGACUGCUUCAUCCUUGCCUCCGACUACCUCAACGCUCUGGUGCACAUCAUCGAGAUCGGCAACGGCCUGGUCACCUUCCAGCUGAGGGGUCUCGAGUUCAGAGGUACCUACUGUCAGCAGAGGGAGGUCGAGGCCAUCACAGAGGGGGUAGAAGAGGAUGAGGGCUGCUGUUGCUGUGAACCUGGUCACCUUCCCCACAUGUUGUCAUUCAAUGCUGCCUUUGGACAGCGCUGGCUGGCCUGGGAGGUGGCCGCCACCAAGUACGUACUAGAGGGCUACAGCAUCAGUGACAACAAUGCAGCCUCCAUGUUGCAAGUAUUUGACCUUCGUAAGAUCCUCAUCACAUACUAUGUUAAGAGCAUCAUCUACUAUGUGAGUCGAUCUUCUAAGAUGGAGGAGUGGCUGACUAAUGAGACAAUACAGGAGGCUCUACGGCCUUGUCUCGGGCCUAACUACGUAGACAGUGACCCCACCUUCAACCUGAACAUCGAUGAGGACUAUGACCACAGGGCCUCCGGCAUUACCCCCUCCUCAUUCUGCAUGGUUUACCUAGACUGGAUUCAGUAUUGCAACAGCAGGCGUCAAACGCCGGUGACUUGUGAAAGAGAUUCUCCACUUGUCACCCUCUGUUUUGGGCUGUGUAUCCUGGGAAGACGAGCUCUGGGCACCGCCUCCCACAGCAUGUCUGCAAGCUUGGAGCCAUUUCUCUAUGGCCUCCAUGCACUCUUCAAGGGAGACUUUCGCAUCACGUCUCCCAGGGAUGAAUGGGUGUUUGCAGAUAUGGACCUGCUGAACAGAGUUGUGGCACCAGGAGUGCGGAUGUCCCUCAAAUUACAUCAGGACCACUUCACAUCUCCAGAUGAGUAUGAGGAUCCUAUGGUUCUGUAUGACGCCAUCACUGCCAAUGAGGAGAAGAUGUUGAUAUCUCACGAGGGUGACCCCGUGUGGCGCAGCGCCAUUCUAGCAAACAUGCCUUCACUGCUGGCACUGCGCCACAUCAUGGAUGACGGCAGCGACGAGUACAAGAUCAUCAUGCUUAACAAGAGGUUCCUCAGCUUCAGAGUCAUCAAGGUGAACAGAGAGUGUGUGCGUGGGCUGUGGGCGGGCCAACAGCAGGAGCUGGUUUUUCUGCGCAACCGUAACCCAGAGCGUGGUAGCAUUCAAAACGCCAAACAGGCCCUGAGAAAUAUGAUUAACUCCUCAUGCGACCAGCCGAUCGGCUACCCCAUCUACGUGUCCCCCCUCACCACCUCAUACGCCGGGGGGCACAGCCAGCUCCGGUCAGUGUGGGGAGGCCCUGUCAGCCCACACAACAUUUACACCUGGCUCAUCAGUAGCUGGGACAGGUUACAGAAAGGUUGUGGUGCUGGCUGCAACAGCGGAGGAAACAUUGAGGACUCAGACUGUGGAGGCGGCUCCACCUCCAUCUCCACCAACCCAGCCGUUCACACCACCCAGAGUACACCUGCCUCCAGCCUUCCCCAGCCGCACAUCACCACUGUCCAGCCCUUCAUGGGUACAGACAACCCUGUAGGUCCAACCCAGAGCUGGCCUCACCACCCCCAACCUCUCCCAUUAGCUCUGCUUAGCCAAUCAGAGGGCAGGAUGGAGGCAGGACUGCUCACAACCCUUCAGCGGACAUCCUCCAUCCAGGGGCUCCUGUGCCAGCAGCUGUCCAGCUCCCAGCUUUCCUUUAGCAGCCCUGUGGCUCCUCCUCCUCUGCAAGGCCCAGAGCGCUUCUGCCCAGCGAGCCUCCUGGAGAACUCGGGGCACAGAGCAGGCCAGCGGGCUGGCCUCGGCCAGGGAGGCGGACUACACUAUGAGAGCCACUUUGGCAAGUGGAGUUUUUCAGGCAGGAAGGGCUUUAACGGAACAGCUGCAGUGGAGGGGGAAGGAAUAACCGUACAGACCAUACGCACACAGCCUACUCCUGCACCCCUACAAGAGGCCAUUCUGACACAAGAUCCUCUGGGAGCCACUCAGACGAUGGAUCCCACUCUGCUGACUGCAGGGGACCCCCCCACCCCCCGAGAGGAAUCCACAGAGCUGCCUUUACUUGAGCACCUGCGCUGAGUAUGCACUGGGAGACCCCGAGUGACAUGCUGUGCAGUGAAAGCACACCGCGGUCGAAUCUGGACCGGGCCUGGCCCGUCCAGACCAGACUCAUUCCACCUUCUGGACUCAUUCCAUCAACCUUAACCUCUUACAGCCCACUGCAAUACUGGACGGAUUUGGUUAUUUACACAUCACCCUUCUCCUUCUCAGCCAAAGGAGUUAAACAUCUGAUAGCAUGCUGAACUGAUGCACGUCAGAUCAUGAAAUGAUUUCAGCCAACCUGGUUUUUCCAAAGUCAGCUUUCAUCAUGACUUGGGAUGAUAUACUCGUUCUUAUCUUUGUUUUCUGACAAAGGCAGGUGUCUCUAUGGACAACCUUUUGGUUGUAACAGUAGUGACAGGCCAGAAAGGCCAGUGCAAUUAUAAGGGAUGUUUUGCUUGAGGAUUUAUUAUUUUUCUAUACUGGAGAAUAGGGGAUUGCCUCAGACUUUGGCAUCUGCAGCAGCAGUUUUUAUUUGCAUAACCAAUAAAAAA